AUGAAUAAAUUGGCAAUGGGUAAUAAACCCAAAUUACACACGUUCAUCUAUCGAUUGAAUCGUGGUAAUUCCCGAUGGCAACACACAAGUAGUAUCCCAUUCAGAGAUCGAAUAGAACUUCAUAAUAGAAAAUAUAUCAUGAAGAGACAUAAUUUUUUCUCUAAACAUGACUCUAGAUAUAAUGGAAAUAUCCAGGAAAAUUUGUUGACAUACGAUCCCAUAUUGACCCAAUGCAUCGCUAGAUGGCUUUGGUUAAACUAUAAGAUAACCGAUUAUCCAUACUAUGAUUUAAAUAUAUUGAACAUAUUUACAGAUUUACCACAGUCCAUAUAUUUUAUGAAACAAAUAAUGAAAUAUUAUCAUGAAACUUUACCGUUUGAAUCCUUUGAUAAAAUCAAUUAUUAUUUAUUUCCAUUAUACAAAUGCAAUAAUAUAAAUAAACAAUCACUACUUGAUGAUAUUCCUGGAAAUGUCCAUAUUAUGGAAGACACGACAUUAUUCCCUAUAAAUAAAAAUAUCAAUUUUAAUGAACAAACAAGUAAUAUGUAUAUUAAUGAUCCUGUACAAAUAUUGAUGUUCAAUGAUGUAUUAGGUAAACUGGCGCAUGAUUUAGUACGAUAUAAUCCAUACAAGCAAUCACUAGAACAAUGUUAUGUAGAAGAAAAUGGCAAUAUCAAUAAGAAACAAUACAGUUCCAAGUUAGAUUAUUGGUGCGAACUUACAUUGAGACAAUUACAUAAUAACGAUCAUGAUCACUUCAGUAUAAACGAAAACAUACUUGGUAAUAACACAUAUCCAAUGGACGAAGUAUCUAUUCCGUCACAAUUCAUUCAAUUGUUGGAACAAUUGAAAUUCAAUGCACCAGAUUUACGUUUAUUUAUGAUUGAUUCCCCAAAAAUUGUCACUAAACCCAUCAUACAAAAAUUGAAAAGAUUCUUUUCAAGGCGCAAAAGAUACUUAUACAAUGAUAUGAUCGGGGCCAGUAAUAUAGAAAAUGUCGAGUCGAUCAAUGUAGUGGAUCAGAUACAAUCAGAUAUCACUUUUAACCCUGAUUUCCAACAAUUGGAGACAAUAUUAAACAAUAUCAAAGGGAACGGUACAAGACACGGAUUCCUACAACCCUGUGAGAUCGAAACACUGGGUAAUUUCUGUGAUAAAUGGGUUGAUAGCAAAGUCAAAGAACCGUCGCAUUCAACAAACAAAGAAGAUAACAGUAUACCAAGGGAAUUCCUUGAAAAACUAAAAUUACAACUGAGCAUCGCCAACAAAAGUUCCCUGACUAUCCUACAUUCAUAG